CACGCGGACCGAAUCGAACGCACGACUGCGUGAAUGUUGACGAAAUGGCGGCAUUAGACGUAAACGUUUAUAAAACGAAACUCUUUGACGUUACUAUUUCUGUAUUGUCCAAGUUAUCAACAAACAAACACAGUUUUUGUUGGAUUUAUUUUGGUCAAUUAGUUAUUAAUAUUGAUGGAAGAAAACGAAUAGUGUUGGGCGACCAAGUGUUUUGUGACGCAUGUUUGACACGAAAGAAAGAAAAAGAUUGCGAUGUACUAUUUUCCAAAGCACUCGUCAAGGCCUACAGUAAAAAUAUAGCCACCAGCAAUUUACUACGUCAUUUAAAGGACGAACAUAACCUAGAAGAUACGCACACAAAAAAAGGUAGCAAACAUUAAAGAUUUUUUUCCGUACAGAGAAAAUCGAAACCAGUAACAAAAAGUGGUGAAGCUGAUGGGAAAAAAGACAAAUGGAUGCUGGCGCGCGAUCUAGCACUAUGGUUUGCCAGAUCAAUAUUGCCAUUCGACAGCAUAAAUGACGAAGCCAUGAUUGACUUUUUCAAAAAAUACAAUAUUAUUGUGACUGAUGACGAUCUACCCUCAUGAGAUGAAUCUUUUGAAAUUCACGUUAGCUACUCAACAAGUUACUGGAAAACAUACAGGUGAAAAGAUUAAAGAUGAAAUUCAAAGUAUUUUGCGUACAUUUCAGAUUCCACAAAAAGAUAUUGUCCUUGUGACCGACUCUGGCAGUAAUAUGAAAAGAGCCGCUGAUUUACUGAAUAUGCAAAAUCAUCGUAGCCUUGGACAUGGUUUGCAUAAUCUGGUCACCGUAGAUGGUAUUCAGAACACUGAUGAGGUUCUUUGCCUUAUUAAUAAAUGUAAGAAGAUAGUCAAGCACUUGAGGUAUAGAGCUCCUCAACUAGAAGCCGCUGCCAGCAAAGAACAGCGUGAUCUGCUCUCAUCUUUUGUAGAUAUUGAUAUAAACCACUCGGAUGAUGAAGAUUCAUCGAUUGAUGUUCACGUAGAAGAGCCUUUGACAAGUUCUGGAACCGGCGCCCCUCCUACAAUAAAAACAAGUACACCAACAAGGUGGCACAGCAUGCUUAUGAUGCUAAAAAGCAUCAACCACAAUGCAAAUCACCGUCCGAUUAGAGACAUCAUCAUCAUCAUCAUCAGCCCAUAUACGUUCCCACUGCUGGGACACGGGCCUCCUAUGAGGGUACAGGCCAUAAUCCACCACGCUGGCCAAGUCUUGACGUCGUUCUUUAAUAAAUUCAAGACGAUAGUGGAAAUCCUAAGCUCGGAAUCACAAACCACAAUUAAUUUGGCAUUGAUUUUUAAAUCUGAAAUUAGAAGGUUGCUGGAAGAAUGUGACGACGAUGAACCUGUCAUUUUAGAAAUUAGGUAUGUGAAGGUCACGCCGCCGACGCCGCCGCCGUCGACGUCGAAAAGUCGGCGCGCCGCCGCUGACAGUUUGACUGUCGGCGCUCAUAUCUAA